GAGAUAAUAUUUAUUUAAAAGUUAAUAUUUUUACUUAAACAGGACAAAUUGCUUGCAUCAAAAUGUAUGAUUUAAAAAAAAUGUAUUCUUUUAUUAAAAAUUUUUUUUCUGAGUGUAUAUAACAAAAGAUGUGGAUAUAACAUCUUUUAAAUAAUUAGUCUGUGUGUAGACGGGGUCUUAAUGCCUAGUCAUCUAAAGUUCUCAACAUUUUCAUUUUCAUUAAAGAUAUGUUAGGUGCAUUAUAGAAAACUGAAACGCAGCUAACCCAUGAUGAUCCCGUGUAUACAUAUAUAGGUUAAUUGUUUAAAAUGGAACAGAAUUUGCGGCACGCAUUGCACAUUUUUAGUUUGGAUCCGUUUAAAGUUAAUGGUCUACGGCAGAAAUGAGCAACGCCGAGUCUUGAAAUAGAGAGAAGUUGUCAAUAUCGACAUGAGUUUUUUAAAGUGAUACCCUUGUUGUUUUUCAGAGACUAAAUGUGAUUGAUACUGAUUGAAAAAUAAUCUGCUUAGAUACUCAGUAAAAUACUAACAAUUUGCAAUCUUUUUAAAUGUCGAAAUGCUAUUGUUCUUUCAAUGUUGAAUCUCUAAAGAAUCUCUUCAAAUGAAAAUAAUCUCUUCGUAAAUAAUUUUGCAUAAAUUGCGCACAAUAUCAUCAUUUGUGUCAAAAGAUUUACCAGAGCGCGGUUGAUCGUCAAAAUGGAAAUUAUCAGGUCUAAAAUUUGCAAACUAUUUCUUAAUAGUUCGAAUUGCUGGUGUACGAUUCUGAUAGGUAUCUUGUAUAAUAUAAUAGUUCCAACAAUUACACUCUUCCGAAAUUCGUAAAGCAUAAUGUACCGUAAAUACGACUUUUUUUGCUCAUUUCCAAAAAAUUUUUUACAUUGUAAACUCAAUAAAGACACACGAGUUUUUAUUUAAGUGAUCAUUGAAUAUAUCGUUUCACCAUAGAUGAACAAUACAUAUCAUAAUAAUAACAAAAUAGUCAAAAUACUAUACAAUUUUCCUAAUAAUGUCUUAGAAUCAAACACGAAUUUUUGCACUUACUCAAUAUAAUUAAAAAACAAAAUAGUAUGUCGGUAUUGACAAUCUUUCUAUAUAUAUAAUACAUAUAUGGCACUCCUGCAAGAAAAGUAAUACAAGAAAAAAUUUUCUAAUUUAGUAUUAUGUGCAAAUUAUGUUUUAAAUAUAUCGACCUUCAAUCAGAGGAAAUAAAAUAGAUUGAAUUCAAAUGUUUGCGUGAGUCCGUUAAUCGCUAGGACCAGAAUUCAAAUAAUAUUAAAUUCAAAUAAUGUUCUAUAAUAAGUCAAGAACAAUGUACAAUUUUAGAGUCCCAUCUACCAACGAGUAUAACGUUGCAAUUUUGUUCAGAAAAGAUGACUAACUUAAAUUUUAAAGUACAACCAAUAAAAAAAGAAAAUGUAGAUUAAAAGCAAAAAAUAAAUACAAAAAAUAAAACAAGAAUUUCUAAUAAGACAUCAAAAUAUAAUAAAUGGUUAUAUUAAUUCUAGAUAAUUUAAAAAAGUAAUUUAUGAUUAGCUUUGACAAUAAGUUUCUUUCUGUUUAUUACAAUAAUUUUAAAAUACGUAAUUUUUGUUCUCUCUUCUAAACAAUUUUAUAUUUUUGAAAAAAGAUAAUUUUGUAAUAUAUUUUUGACUUGUGCUACUUUUUUUGUGUGAUGUACAUAUAAUAAAUAUAUAACAUAAUAUUUUGUUUUAACAUAUUUUUGUCCAAAAAUAUUAAAUUUUAGAUUUGCUUUCAUUUUAAAUACAAAGUUUAAUCUGAUUAUUGGUGUUCAAUUUCUAAUGACUGCAAUAAUAAUGUGUUUCGGCCUUUAUCAAAUAAGUGAAACAACAGCAAAACUUAAAUACGCUGAAUCGCUAUUAUGUACAUCGUGUGUAUUAACGCAAAUUUUUCUUUAUUGCUGGUAUGGUAACGAAGUAAAGGUAAAGAGUUAUCAAAUGGUAGAUAACAUUUUCGAAACGAAGUGGAUGAGAUUGGACAAAAAUAACCAGAAGUCUUUGAUGAUAAUAAUGAGACGAACAACUGUGCCCAUUCAGAUUACCUGUGCUUAUGUUAUACCUGUAAAUCUUGAUUCUUUUAUGGGUAUACUUAAGAUGUCGUAUUCCACUUACAACUUGUUUCAACAAAUGCGGCAAUAAUUAAGUAAAAGACUGAUAGAAUCAAAGGGCUGUUCAUAUUACGAAAACAAAUCUGUGUAGAGACUGGAAAAAAGGAGAAAGAUAAUUAAGAUUUCAUAAUUUAAUUAACACUCAAAUUACGUAUUAAAAAAAUAUAUAUGUACAUAUCUAAA